GGGACGCAGGGAGGGGGCCGCGCCAAGACCGAGGGAGGGGCCGCGCCGCCUUGGAGAGUCAUUGGAGGACCUGGCGGCCCAAGCUGAUAAAUAAGGGGCCGCGCGGAGGCAGCGGGCCAAGUUGGACGCCCCGGCCCGAGCGAGGGCCAGGUCAGCGCCGGUCCCGCAAGGAGAAGUCAGGCAACCCCCGUGCGGCCAUGGCCUCUCUGCUGGGAGCCUACCCGUGGCCCGAGGGGCUCGAGUGUCCCGCCCUGGAAGCUGAGCUGUCUGAUGGGCUGUCGCCGCCGGCAGCCCCCCGCCCCCCGGGGGACAAGGGUUCGGAGAGCCGUAUCCGGCGGCCCAUGAACGCCUUCAUGGUGUGGGCCAAGGACGAAAGGAAGCGGCUGGCGGUGCAGAACCCGGACCUGCACAACGCCGAGCUCAGCAAGAUGCUGGGAAAGUCGUGGAAGGCACUGACGCUGUCGCAGAAGAGGCCCUACGUGGACGAGGCGGAGCGGCUGCGACUGCAGCACAUGCAGGACUACCCCAACUACAAGUACCGGCCCCGCAGGAAGAAGCAGGCCAAGCGCCUCUGCAAGCGCGUGGACCCCGGCUUCCUCCUGAGCUCGCUCUCGCGGGACCAGAACGCCCUGCCAGAGAAGAGCAGCGGCAGCCGCGGGCCGCUGGGGGAGAAGGAGGGCAGGGGUGAGUACUCCCCCGGCGCUGCCCUGCCCGGCCUCCGGGGCUGCUACCACGAGGGCCCGGCUGCUGGCGGCGGCGCCCCCGCCAGCGUGGACACGUAUCCGUAUGGGCUGCCCACGCCCCCGGAGAUGUCUCCCCUGGACGUGCUGGAGCCGGAGCAGACCUUCUUCUCCUCCCCCUGCCAGGAGGAGCACGCCCACCCCCACCGCCUGCCCCACCUGCCAGGGCCCCCUUACUCCCCCGAGGUGGCCCCCAGUCCCCUCCACUGCAGCCACCCCCUGGGGCCUCUGGCCCUCGGCCAGUCUUCCGGGGUCUCUAUGAUGUCCACUGUCCCUGGCUGCCCCCAAUCUCCUGCCUACUACUCUCCUGCCACCUACCACCCUCUCCACUCCAACCUCCAGGCCCACCUGGGCCAACUCUCCCCUCCUCCCGAGCACCCUGGCUUCGAUGCUCUGGAUCAGCUGAGCCAGGUGGAACUUCUGGGGGACAUGGAUCGCAAUGAGUUCGACCAGUAUUUGAACACUCCUGGUCACCUGGACUCUGCUGCUGGGGCUGGGGCCCUCAGUGGCCAUGCCCCACUCUCCCAGGUGACCCCAUCAGGCCCCACAGAGACCAGCCUCAUCUCUGUCCUGGCUGAUGCAACUGCCACUUACUACAACAGCUACAGCGUGUCCUAGAGACAGAGGCAGGAGCCUGGCCCAGCCCUGGCCACCUGUGUGCUUCCUGUGCACCAAGCGGAGCAGAGACCACAUGGUGCCACUGGCUUUCCUCUUGGACCCUCAGCUGCCAGGAGGUCGGAACUGCUGGCCCCGGCGGCUUUCUCCCAAGCCAGGACAGGCUCUGCUGGUUCAGUGACCCUUCUGUUCCUUCAAAUGAGCUUCACUGGCUACAUUCCAGGAGCGCGGGCCUCCAGUUGCCGAGACUCCCUUUCAGUAGGAUUUCCCUGCCCUCUCUUCCUGUCCCCAUCAUUACAACCAACGGUGGGAAUCCAGGCAGCGCUCGACCCUCUCCUGUGUUUGACACAGCCACGCUGGGCCUCUAGGUGCUCCAGAGGAGGGUGAGAAGAGCCUGGCUCCGUCUCAGUUCUGCUGCAGCGAGACGCAGCCUGCCUCUCUUGCUCUCUUCUGCCCCCUGGAAAGUGAGGAUGGCCUCAUUACAAGUCCCCUGCUCCACGGUGUUCUCAGUAUUUUCUCAAGGCUUAUGGAAGGAAAGCAGGGAAGCUUCUCUACGAGCCUGUUCAUGUGCAGCCUGGGAGCGUUGAGCGUGCCCAGCCCAAGGACACAGGCUCUCUGCUUUCCGUGCUCCCUUUCUCAGUCACCCUAGGACUCCCAACGGGCCUUCCAAUUUGAGGAAGACGCUCAUCCUGAUUUGGGAAAUUAACCAGUAUGGUUAACUGCAUCACUGAAAAUGAGACUCAAUUCAAACUUGUUUUUUAUUUUUUAGAUAAAUUCUUCUUUUUUAUUACACACACUUCAAGACCAGGUACAGUGUGAGGGGGCGCCUGUGCACACCCUUAGACACAAACCUGCACAGCCUGACUCCAAUGUUCUUAGCAACGGCAGCUUGUCCCCACCGGCUGCUCUGAAUGACCGAGAGCCAGGGACCUAAAAGAGUGUUGCAACAAACCAUGGCGUCACCUUCCCCUCGGGGCGUGCACUUCCCACUCUCUGGGCUCCCUCUCUCCCCUUCCUGGCAUUUCUUUCUCUCGCCCUGUUUCUUCCUGUACCCCUGAAUUGGUUCCUAACUCAGAGAGCCCCUGAGUACAAGCCCAAGCGAGAGUCCUCGAGUCCUCUGUCGGUGAGGGACUGGUUUGCUCACGUUCCAGACAUGCACUUCCUUAGCUUGUCUUGGAGCAGCUUCCUUGUGGCACCUUCCUGAGGUUCACUUCCCAAACCAGAAAUUCACUGUGACUGAAAAUGUUUCUGAGCCGGGCCCACCCAAACGUCCCCACCCUGCCUGACCUCCUUGAAGGAACAUACCCAACAGUCAGCUGACAGACACGUGCACGUCUUUUGACAGCAGCGUAUUGCCUGUAUGAAGUGUGUAUAUUCUUCUAUUACUUUCACCUUAUAUUUUUUAUUGCUGACAGCUUUUCUUCCUUCCAAGACAUCUUAUUGUAAAAUCACUUAUAAGAUUAAUCUUUAUAUUGUGACUGUAUAUGCCAUUUGGUAAUAAAUAGUAAAUCAUUGGUGAUAUGAUUGACUGGAACCCAGUUGAGAAUGUGUAUUGAUAAUCCUGUAAAAUAGCACCACAGACAUUAAGUUCAACUGUUCCAUUUUUUGUAAGAACUACAGAUGCUUGCAACAGUUGUGAAUAUUGGUUUGCUGAAAAUAUUUAAUUUAAAUAAACAUUUUUGUACCGUGA